AUGACCCUUAAGGGUGCCACCAGCCAGGCCUGUGCUGCAUGCAAAUACCAAAGAAGAAAGUGCACGCCAGAGUGCCCUUUAGCUCCUUAUUUCCCUCCAGACCAACCAAAAAUGUUUCAAAAUGCACACAAGCUUUUUGGGGUCUGCAACAUCUUGAAGAUACUUAAAAGUGUCGACCCUUGUCUCAAGUUUGAGGCCAUGAAGUCCAUCAUCUACCAAGCCAACAUUCGAGACAAGUUUCCGGUCUACGGCUGUUGGGAGGUUAUCUGGCAAUUACAGUACCAGAUUAUGGUUGCAGAGCAGGAGCUUCAAAAUGUUCAUAAACAGCUUGCAUUGUACAGACAACAUCACUACCAGCAGCAGCAGCAGAUUUCAGCUAUGCCAGAUUAUGUGACCUCACAAUUAGAAUUGGGCAUGGCACCACCAAAUAAUAAUAAUAAUACCACCUCACUUUUACAUCAUAGUACUCCACAAUCUUAUGAUAACAAUAAUACUGCCAUACCUCAUGCUUUGCCUGUAACACAACAACAACAACAGCAGCAGCAGCAGCCGCCUUACUCUCAUCGAAGCGACAAUGCUUACACUUCUGCUUAUGACAUUGACUCCAAGGAGAAUAUUGCCGGGGAGAAUGUUUUGUGGGCGCAAAAUCCUUUUACUAACAAUAACAGCAGUAUCAAUGAGAACAACGAUAAUGCAGAGACAGUUCAAUCCCAGUUCGGAGUUUCGCAGACACUAGCUAUUGAAUCAGAAGAUGUUCAAGAUUACGAUGAACUGCACCCAUUUUUCGAUACCAUAGAUGAUAGACAGUCAUACAUUGAUUCCAAAGAGGCUUAUGAUUCAAGCAGUUCGGAAGAAUCUUUUAAGGGCACAACACAAUUAUCGAUGGAUCAUGCGGCGGAGAACACAUUGAAGAGUGCUGCAGCAUGCUUCAGUCUUACCAGUGUCAAGUUAUCAGUAAGCUAGAAAAAAAAAAA